AUGGAGAACCUGACGGCGGCUCCGGGGCGGAACGUCACGCUGGGGACGUGGACGGACUACAGCCUGCAGUACAAGGUGGUGAGCACCGCGCUGCUGCUCGUGACGUGCGCGUCGGGCAUCGUGGGGAACGUGAUGGUGAUCCUGGUGGUGCUCACCACGCGCCACAUGCGCACCCCCACCAACUGCUACCUGGUGAGCCUGGCGGCGGCAGACCUGAUGGUGCUGACGGCCGCGGGCGUGCCCGCCAUCGCCGACAGCCUCUUCGCCACGUGGGUGUUCGGCCGGUACGCGUGCGCGGGCAUCACGUACUGCCAGUACCUGGGCAUCAACGCGUCCUCCUGCUCCAUCACCGCCUUCACCGUGGAGCGCUACAUCGCCAUCUGCCACCCCAUGCGCGCGCAGUUCCUGUGCACGCUGGCGCGCGCCAAGCGCAUCAUCGCGGCGGUGUGGGCGUGCACGUCCGCGUACUGCGUCAUGUGGCUGUACCUGUCGGACCUGCAGCAGCUGCGCUACGACCACGGCGUGACCGUGGUGGCGUGCGGCUACCGGGUGCCGCGCAGGCUCUACCUGCCCGUGUACUUCGUGGACUUCGGCGUGUUCUUCGUGGUUCCGCUGCUGCUGGCGGCGGUUCUGUACGGCCUGAUCGCGCGCAUCCUGUUCCUGAGCGCGCUCCCGUCCGACCCCGCGGACCCGCGGAGGAGCCGCGGGGACGCGCGCCACGGCAGCUCCACGGCCGCGUCGCGCAGACAGGUGACCAAGAUGCUGGCGGUGGUGGUGGUGCUGUUCGCCGUGCUCUGGAUGCCGUACCGGACGCUGGUGGUGGUCAACUCCUUCCUGGACCGGGCCUACCUGGACGCCUGGUUCCUGCUCUUCUGCCGCACCUGCGUCUACCUCAACAGCGCCAUCAACCCGCUCAUCUACAACGCCAUGUCGCAGAAGUUCCGGGCCGCCUUCCGCCGGUUGAUCUGCGGCUGCCGGCGGCGCCGGCGCGGCGACGCACCCGCCGCCUGCAGCGUGGCGCUCACCUACAGCGCCGUCAAGGACUCGUCCCUGGUGGAGAGCACCGACCACUUCCCCACCGAGCUGGAGGAGCUGGCCGCCUCGGAGCAGCUGCUGGCGGACCCCCAGGGCGCGUCCUCGGACUCCUGCGGGUUCGUGAAGGUGGACUUCAGUGCUGCCUGA